AUGUCUGACGAGAGAGUACAAAAAAGGUCAUUGAAAAAGAGCAUUCAGGAAUUCCAGAAAAGCAUCCAGGAGCACGAAGAAACAAGAACUAUAGCCUCCUUUGCCAAUAUUUCUCUUAAAACAGAUAGCAGCAGAAAGAGAUAUAUAAGAGAAGAAAUCGAUAAAAUUGGGAAACAGAAUAUUUCAGCUCAGAUUUUCACAUACCGUGAUUUGUCCAGUGUGACUGAUAAUUUCAAUUCCGAAAAAUUGAUUGGUGAAGGAGGUUUUGGUCGAGUAUAUAAAGGGCGUCUUGACAACAAAAACAUAGAUGUUGCAGUUAAGCAGUUAGACAGGAAUGGUUUUCAGGGAAACCGAGAAUUCCUUGUGGAAGUACUGAUGUUGAGUCUUCUUCAUCAUCCUAACCUUGUCAAUUUGGUCGGAUAUUGUUGUGAUGGUGACCAGAGAAUAUUAGUAUAUGAAUACAUGGAAAAAGGUUCACUUGAAGAUCACCUGCUUGAUAUUAGUCCAGAUAAAAAGCCUCUUGACUGGAAUACUAGGAUGAAAAUUGCCGAAGGUGCAGCAAGAGGCCUCGAGUACUUGCACGAAACAGCUAACCCUCCAGUGAUUUAUCGUGAUUUUAAAGCAUCUAACAUACUUUUAGACAAAGAAUAUAACCCAAAGCUUUCGGACUUUGGACUUGCAAAGUUAGGUCCAACCGGCGAUAAAAGCCAUGUAUCUACCAGAGUAAUGGGAACAUAUGGUUAUUGUGCGCCUGAGUAUGCUUUAACAGGUCAAUUGUCAACCAAAUCUGAUGUAUAUAGCUUCGGAGUAGUUUUUUUGGAGAUAAUCACAGGAAGGAGAGUCAUUGACAAUGCAAGACCAAGUGAGGAACAGAAUCUAAUUCAGUGGGCACAACCGUUGUUCAAAGACAAGAAGAAGUUUCAUCUAAUGGCAGACCCUUUAUUAGAAGGACACUAUCCAUUAAAGUCACUUUACCAAGCUCUUGCCAUUGCAGCAAUGUGUCUACAAGAAGAAGCUUCAGUUCGGCCUUUGAUUAGCGACGUAGUGACCGCACUGGAAUUUCUAUCAGGGGGCAAUGGAGGAGGGGAUGGAGAUGAUGAUGCAGAGGACUUGGUAAAUUCAAAGGAUCAAGGGACAGACGAUAAUGUACAUAAUAAUCUUGAGCCAAGUAAUUCAUCAUGA